AUGACCGACUCAACAGUUAAAGAGUUAAAAGUCAAAAGAAGGAAUGCCAAGGCGGCACUCACAAGACAGGGAAAAGCCCUACGUUUGAUGAUCGAAGGCAAUAGGGCUACCGAUGAAGUUUCAAGUCAGCUUGAAAAGUUUGAACUGGUGUAUGACAGCCUAGUUCAAAAGCAUGAGGCUUAUACCGAGCAGAUAUCAGAUGACGAUGAAUUUACUACCGAAGAGGAGUGGUUAGAAGAAUGCCAGCAAAUGUUCAUAGCUUUACAGUGUGAGGCAAAAGAUCAUCUACAUGUAACUCCAACACCUACAGAGAAAGAGUCAAACCCGAAUGAAGAAGCCAGUGCCAGUACAGAGAAAACGAGUUCCAGUAAUGACCAGUCCAGUUCAAGUGCCGAGCAAAUAUCCAGUGCAGAGCAAUCCAGUACAACUUCCAGUGCCAAGCAGAUAACAGAAUCCGAUAGCCAUAUCAGCAUAAAUGGAGCAAGUGAUCAGAAGGAAGAGCAGACGAAAGCGAAUACAGCAAUCCAUGAUGUCGACAAAUUCUGUGGGUUUAAAAUGGAAAAGCCAAAGAUGCCUAAGUACACAGGGGAUGUCAGAGAAUACGCCAUCUUUAAAGAUGACUUCAAGCAUAUGGUUGAUAAGAGGUAUGGUAAGAGGGAUGCCAUCACACUGCUGCGUACAUGCCUACAAGGAAAGCCGUUGGAGCUGAUUAAGGGAAUUGGGUCCGAUUACGAUGCAGCGUGGGAGUACCUCGACACAAUAUAUGGUGAUCCACGAUUUAUUACUGACACCGUCACCCAAGAUAUCAUGAAGUUCAAGCCACUCCGAGACGGGGAAGAUGCCAGAUUCUGUGAGCUAGUUCAUCUUGUGAGAAGGAGUUACAACACAUUGAAGGAGGUGGGGCGACGAAACGACAUGGAUAAUAAUCAUAUGCUAGCAGUCAUUGAACAGAAAAUGAACUCUGACGACCGUAAGGUGUGGUCCAGACACUUGGAAAGGGAUAAAGAAUUAGCGACGCUACAAGGACUGCUGGACUGGAUGUCAUCGGAAAUGAAAUCAAGGAUGAGAGCAACGGCACCAGUACGAUGUGUGAGUCAAAGUCCCCGAUCAAGCAUCAAUCACAUUCAGCAGAAAGACCCGACUUCAAUGCCUUUCCGUGACAAGUGCUGGGUUUGUCACACUUCCAGCCACUGGACAGACCACUGUGACAAGUUCAAGGGGAUGAGCUCAGCCAACCGAUUUAAGAUGGUUAAAGAGAACCAUGUCUGCUUCAGCUGCCUCAAAAAGGCAGGAAAAGGCCACAAUGUGUCGACCUGUUCGAGAAGACGACAGUGCACAGAGAUGAUAAACGGACUCCAGUGUAAACACUAUCACCAUCAAUUACUGCAUUUUACUCCCCAGCAAGCCACCGGUUCAGUCAGUGUUGCAGUAAGUACAACCCGAGCAGAAAUAUUACUGCCAGUCCUACAAGUGCAGAUCAUGGGAACCCAGAUUACUCAACCAGCAAAUAUCCUUCUUGACUCCGGGGCACAGAUUACAUUGAUCAGAAAGUCCCUCGCCGAAAACUUGAAGCUCAAGGGAAAGGAUGUAAUUACUACCAUCACCAAAGUGGGAGGAGAAGAAGAAGAGCUUCAAACAAAAGUCUAUGAGGUCCGUCUUCGUCCGAAGUACAAAGGUCCAACUUACACUGUUACUGCCAUUGGUAUCCCCUGCAUAAGCGACGAUGUUGCUGAAGUUGACCUAUCAGAGAUGGCCAAACUGUUCAAACUUCAUCCAAGCAAUCUCCAUCGAGGUAGCGGCCCAGUAGACCUACUCAUUGGCAUUGAUCAUGCAAGCAUACAUGCUGGUGAAACCCAUGAAGCCCAGAAUCUGAUAGCCCGCCAAUCACCACUUGGUUGGGUGAUUUUUGGAACCGGCCCUGGGGACCAGAAUAAGACAAGCCGAGUUCUCCAUGUAAAGUACUCAACACCAGUAGACAUGACAGAUUUCUGGAAAACUGAAGCUAUGGGAGUAGCCGUGAAGUCCUGCACAUGUGAACCAGAAAAGCUCAGCCCAGCAGAACUAAAGGAAGCCAAAAUAAUAGAAGAAUCCUGUAUUCGAAAUGGAAACCGAUGGACCGUCCCUUACCCUUGGAAAAGGGAUCCAAAACAGCUACCAGAUAACAAGAUCCAGAUAGAGAAGAGGCUCUAUUCAACAGAACGCCGACUUGCAAAAAACACAAGUCAUGCAGAAGCCUAUGAUGCCCAGAUGAAGGAAAUGGUGGAAAAGAAGUUUGCCCGGAAGCUGUCUGAAGCUGAACUGAAGUCAUACAAAGGUCCCGUACACUACAUCUCUCAUCAUGGAGUUUUGAGGCCAGAAAGUAAAAGCACACCUCUCCGAAUUGUCUUCAAUUCUUCAGCAACCUACCACGGGCAAUGUCUAAACGACUACUGGUACAAGGGGCCUGACCUUCUUAACAAUUUAUUUGGAGUCAUCAUGAAGUUCCGUGAAAAUGAAGUAGCAGUCAUUGCAGACAUCUCAAAGAUGUACCACCAAAUUCUGAUUCCAGAACGUGAUCAGCAUGUUCAUCGCUUCUUGUGGAGAGACCUAAAUACUGACCGUACACCUGAUAUUUACGUCAAGACAGUUCUGACGUUCGGGGAUAAGCCAGCUCCAGCCAUGGCGCAGAUCGCCCUGAAGAAAACAGCUGAGGCUGCAGAGAAACAAUUUCCAGAUGCAGCACGAGUCUUAAAGGAAAACACCUACAUGGACGACAUAUGCGACUCCGUCCAUACUGUGAACGAGGCCAAGAAACUGACAAGUGAGAUAGAUGAGGUGUUAGCUGAAGGGGGAUUCCGAGUAAAAGGCUGGUUAUCUAAUGAAGCUCUGGAAGAAAACUAUACCAGUGAAAAGGAAGAUGAGAGAAUGAAGUUUCUGGACACCACAACUGAUGAGAAAGUGCUGGGGACAGUAUGGAACCGCAAAACUGACGAAUUCCACUACAAGGUCAACUUGGACUUGGACAAGAAUUUGUCCACCGAUGAUCGAGAACUGAUGCAGAGAAAGUUAACAAAGCGUCAAAUUCUGAGCCAGAUUGCACAAAUCUUUGACCCGAUUGGAUUCGCUGCAGCCUUUCUCAUUCGUACCAAGAUUGGAAUGCAACAUCUAUGGCAACAGGGUCUGGACUGGGACCAAGAAAUACCCAAGGCAGAUCAUGACAGCUGGAUUCAACUAUUCAAAGAGAUGAAAGAGUUGAACGAGAUAAGUUUUGAAAGAUGUCUUACUCCGUCGAAUGCUGUUGGGGUGCCCUUGCUGUGUAUCUUCUGCGAUGCUUCAGAGGAAGCUUUUGGAGCCUGUGCCUACAUCCGAUGGCAGAUAAAUGAUGGCACCUAUGAUGUCCGAUUCAUUGCAGCCAAGUCUAGAGUAGCACCCUUGAAGAGGCUCACCAUCCCACGAUUGGAAUUGCAGGCAGCAGUUAUGGGUACAAGGCUGUACCAGGCCAUCAUGGAAGAACUGCGCCUACCAGUAGAGGAAGCAGUGUUUAUGACUGACAGUAUGAUUGCCCUAUCUUGGAUUCGAAGCCAAGCCAGAGGAUUCAAACCAUUUGUAUCCAACCGAGUAAGCGAGAUUCAGAGCCAAACAGAUCCCUCACAGUGGAGACAUGUUCCAGGAGAGCUGAAUGUAGCAGAUGACGUCUCUCGUGGAGUACCUGUGAAACAAUUGACCCAGCGCUGGAAAAAUGGUCCAGAAUUCCUGCGCUUCCCAGAAGAAAGUUGGCCAAAAGAUGCAGAGAGGGUGAACCAGAUGGAGGUAGAUAAGGAACGACACAAGACCCAAGCUGUAUUCAUCACCACCGAAACUCAGGAAGCCAUUGACUGCAAGAAGUAUUCUAGCUGGAGAAAGCUAAUCAGAGUCACAGCCUACGUUCGUCGAUUUGUCCAGAACAUACGAGCCAAGAUGCAGUCUUGUGUAAACAAGGAGUCUAAACAGGGUCCGCUCUCACCCCAAGAGCUGACAGAUGCUGCCAACUACUGGAUUAUCAAAGCACAGAAAAAUCUACACAAACGCAUGGCCAACGGAGAGUUCAAGUCAUUGAGUCCCUUCACAGAUGAUGCAGGAAUCUUAAGGGUUGGAGGCCGACUGCACGAGUCUACGAUGUUUUACCAUACAAAGCACCCAGCACUGCUGCCCCAUGAUCAUUACAUUUCAAUUCUGAUUGUGCGUAGUAUUCACCAACAGGGCCACACUGGUGUUGCUACCACUGUUGCGAAAACAAGGCAAAGAUACUGGAUCCUGAAGGCACACAACCUAGCCAAGACGAUCAAAUACCGCUGUGUGGUUUGCAGAGAGGCAGAGCAUAAACUGGAGACACAGGUCAUGGCUGAUUUACCGAAGCAACGCCUAGCGCCAUACACACCACCAUUCUACUUCACGUCAUGCGACUACUUUGGACCCUACCAAGUGAAGAUUGGACGUAACAAAACAGCCAAACACUAUGGAGUGAUCUUCACUUGCCUGAACACCAGAGCAGUGCACCUAGAGCUAGCGGUGGACUGUUCCACUAUGGAAUACAUUCAAGUGCUCCGCAGAUUCUUCUCUAUUAGAGGUUAUCCAGCUCAAAUGAUUAGUGACAACGGAACCCAACUGGUCGGAGCACAACGGGAACUUCAAAGAAUGAUUCAAGGUUGGAACAUUGAAGAGCUGAAACAGUUCGGUGCAGAGAAAGGCAUGGAAUGGAAGUUCAUCACACCAAGAGCACCACAUCAAAAUGGGUGUGCAGAGGCAUUAGUCAAGAGCUGCAAGACUGCGCUGAAAAGGGCUGUUGGGGCUCAGGUGCUGACUCCGUUUGAACUUUACACAGUUUUAUUAGAAGUUGCGAACCUCGUAAACCAACGCCCGAUUGGAAGGAUCCCAAAUGACCCAGAUGAUGGUUCCUACCUGAGUCCGAACGAUAUACUACUUGGAAGAGCCUCGACUGAUGUUCCUCAGGGGCCAUUCCAGGAGACCAAAAAUCCUAGGCACCGUGUGGAGUUUGUUCAGAGGAUUAUCGACUCUUUCUGGAAGCGCUGGAGCCGAGAUGUUCUACCCUGCCUGGUACCACGCAAGAAAUGGAGAGCUGAAAGGCGUAACGUACGAGUCGGUGAUGUGGUAACUGUGUCAGAUACCAAUCCAGUCCGGGGCAAGUGGUGUGUCGGCAGGGUUCUCGAGGUCUUUCCGGGAUCGGAUGGCAAGGUGAGGAACGUGAAGGUGAAGACUGAGAGCGGAGAGUACCAGAGGCCUAUCACAAAAAUAGCAGUGAUCUACCCGGCAGAAGGUUAUGAUGAGGACUAG